AUGGAGAUGGUCCUCAUCUUCACCUUCUGCCUGAUUCUAGCUGGUACUGAUGCUGUAACUACAGUAACUGGAUACAGAGGACGAUCAGUUCAGAUUAAAUGUCCCUACACAUCUGGGUAUGAAGAGAAGACAAAGUAUCUCUGCAGAGGACGAUGUUCUGUUGUGCGCAUAAAAGACAUUCCUGUUGAUUCUAAAUCUCCUGAUAAAGACUCCAGAUUCUCUCUGUAUGACGACACAACAGCCAAAGUCUUCACCGUCACCAUCACUGAUCUGAGACCAGAGGAUGGAGGAACUUACUGGUGUGGGAUACAGGGGAUAGUGUAUGAUUCUUACACAGAGAUUCAGCUUCUGGUUAAAACAGAUGAUCCUUCCAUCAGUACUGUCUCACACACCACACACUCCACUUCAACACACUCAAUGAGCACAUCAGUGCCUGCUGAGAGAACACACUCAACAACAGGUAUGAACUUCUUCAUCGACCUCUUCGUCAUCACGGCUGUGUCUGUGGUUUUAGUGCUGCUUCUCGUUGCCCUUUUAUUCGCCACUGUCCUACAGAGGAAAAAGAUCAAAGGUUCAUCUCCAGUCCAACCUGCCCAGAGUUCCUCAAAUUUCCAAGUGGUUCCAUGUCCUGAUUAUGAUUAUGAUGAGAUUAAAGACAACAAAAGUAUUUCUAACAUAAUUUACUCCACUGCUCCACCUCCCUUAAACCCCUCUGAGAUUUAUUCCAACACUGGAUUACCCACAGUUCCCUUUGAUGAUCCAGAAACUGUUUAUACUACAGUAGAUCACCCAUCAGAUCCUCCUGAUCAGGACUUCUACUCCACAGCUCAGUUCCCCCCAGUUCCCUCAUCAGUCAGUGCUGCUCCACCAUCAGUUGUGGAAUCUGGUGAACAUCUAACGUACGCAGCACUGGAUCUUGACACCAGCUCUGGUGCAGCUCCAACAGUGAUCUACAAGCAUGAAAACAACUCUAGUGAAUAUGCUACUGUUACCUAGUUAGCAUACAUUAGAAUGAUAAUAAUUCUGCUGUAUUUGUAAUUUAUUAGCAUCCAUUA